AUUCCGUAUGAAAAAGGGAUUUGUGGAAGAAAUUAUCGUUUUUAAACUUUAUACGGAAAUACAUCCCUCAUUAAUGAAUAAUUUUAGUCGAGCGUGUAUCAUUGAGUUCGUAGAAUACCUAAUAUCUGUUUUGAUAGCAUACGUCAAAUCCCACUUUCCAGUCGUGUCAUGAAGAUCGAAUCUUCACGUUUUUACCUACAUUUAUAUUUUAACAUAUAUAUUUGUAACAUAGGCAGAAAGUGUAGGAUUCUUUUCCUUUGUUCUCAAUGCUAUCAUCUAGUUAAGUAUAUAUUUCAUGUUUUGUCUUAAUACAUGGUAUGUCAAUUUCCAUGCAUGAAUGGGUAAUACAUAGGUAUGUGAUCAAAAUAUGUCGAGCAUGCUAAUAUUGUACUUGUAAAUUAAAAUGUGACGCUUUUGUAAAACAUUUGUGAUGAUGGGUGAUAAUAAAGGCUUUGAAACAAGUGUUGAAGAUCUCAAGAAAAAUGACGAUGACUUGUCUGCAGAUGAAGACUCGAAGAAAUCCGAAAAACCUCCCAUGGUUUCCUUUAGACAGUUGUUUCGCUUUGCCGAUCGAGUGGACAGUCUGUUAAUGAUUCUCGGUACAGUUGGUGCAGUACUUCAAGGUUGUUUAAUUCCUCUACAGUUUGUUGUCUUUGGUGAACUUGUCGAUGAUUUCAUUGACUUCUCUUCCUGUACAAAUUCCGGCAAUAAUUGUACUAAUAUUGAAAAUGAAAUAAAGCCAUUUGUUUACUACUAUAUUGGUAUUGCUGCGGGAACGACCGUAACCAUUGCGUUAAAUAUGGUCAUGUGGGGUCUAACUGCUGAACGACAGGUUCAUACAAUACGAAAAGCUUUCUUUAAGUCAAUAUUACGCCAAGAUAUGGCUUGGUUUGACUUGAACGAUAGCGGAGAACUGAAUAGUCGUUUAUCUGAUGACUUGAACAAGAUAGCUGAUGGAAUUGGCCAUAAGUUCGGUUUGUUUUUGUAUGGUAUGUCUGGUUUUGUUGGAGGCUACAUCAUGGCAUUUGUAUAUGGCUGGAAACUUACCUUAGUUAUGUUGUCAGUAUUUCCACUUCUUGCUGCCACUGCUGGUUUUAUAGGAACAAUUACUUCUUCAUUCACUGCAAAAGAAUUGAAAGCCUAUUCUGAAGCUGGUAGUGUUGCCCAGGAAGCUCUGUCCUCCAUUAGAACUGUAGCAGCAUUUGGUGGUGAAGAUAAAGAAGCCAAGAGAUAUACGUCUGGACUUGGUAAAGCUCAAAAAAUGGGUGAAAAAAAAGGUGUAGCAAAUGGAUUGGCUAUGGGAGCUAUUAACUUUAUCAUGUUUUGCUCAUACGCUUUGGCUUUCUGGUAUGGUGGAAAACUUGUCAUCGAGAAGGAGAUGACGGGAGGAGAUCUUCUUAUCGUAAUUUUUGGUGUAUUAUUUGGCUCAAUGUUGGCUGGACAAGCUGGACCUAGUGUUCAAGGAAUCGCCACUGCAAGGGGGGCUGCGUAUCUUGUCUUUAACUUAAUUGAUCGAAUUCCCUCGAUCAACGUCAACUGCCAUGAAGGUAAAAUUUUAGAAACAUUAAACGGCGAUCUUGAAUUCAAAAAAGUGUCUUUUAGCUACCCUUCAAGACCCGAAGUACCGAUCCUUAGAGGCUUCAGUAUGUCAGUGUCAAAAGGAAAACGAGUUGCUCUAGUUGGUGAAAGUGGUAGUGGGAAAAGUACUGUCGUUAAACUUAUUCAAAGAUUUUAUGAUAUCUCUGACGGAAGUUUGUUGAUAGAUGGCAAUGAAAUUAAGAGCUACAAUCUUAAAUGGUUACGUCAGCAUAUUGGUGUUGUUAGUCAGGAGCCUGUCUUGUUCGCGACAACAGUUGCAGAAAACAUUCGUUAUGGACGCAAUGAUGCAACUCAGGAAGAAAUAGAAGAAGCAGCAAAAAUGGCCAAUGUUCAUGAUUUUAUAACUGCAAUGCCCAAUGGUUACGAAACUUUGUGUGGAGAACGUGGAGCUCAAAUGAGCGGAGGUCAAAAACAACGUAUUGCCAUUGCACGAGCUUUGAUCCGAAAUCCAACAAUCUUAUUGUUAGAUGAAGCUACAUCAGCUCUUGAUACCGAAAGUGAAUCGAUUGUUCAAGAGGCUUUAGAUAAGGCAGGCAAAGGUCGAACGACAUUCAUCAUUGCUCAUCGUCUUUCAACUGUCCGUGAUGCUGACAUAAUUGUGGCAGUGAAAGAUGGUGCUGUUGCUGAAAUGGGAACACAUAAUGAACUUAUGGCGAAGAAUGGUGUUUACAAACAACUUGUCGCAAUGCAGGUAAUGGAAGAGGAAACAGAAAAAGAGAUCGGAGAUAAAACAAAAGUGGAAGAAAACCGGUUGUCUAAACAUUCCGUAGUAGUCAAGGACAAAUUGAGCAAUGGUGAAUUAACGAGAAGUUUGUCAUUGCAAAGCAGUAACAGAUCAAAGUUAAAGCAAGAAAAAGAAAAAGAAAUUUUAGACGAAAAACUAAAGCCAGCUGCUGCUUUAAGAAUUCUUAAAAUGAGUAAAACAGAAUGGCAUUAUCUUCUCGUGGGAAGCAUUGGAGCUGCCUUGACCGGAUCGUAUCCAUUUGUGUUUGCUAUACUAACUGGAGAACUUUUACAAGUAUUUUCAAGAGACCCUGAUAUAGAAAAGGAAAGAGAGAUGAUGAGAGAUGAUAUUAGGUUAUGGUCGUUGCUUUUCAUAGCUUUAGCUGUUGUCAUGCUUUUUGGAAAUUUUUUGCAGUCGUGGAUGUUUUCUGUUGCUGGAGAAAGACUAACAAAGAGAUUACGAAGCGCUGCCUUUAAAUCAAUCAUCAGACAGGACACAAGUUACUUUGAUGAUCCAUUUCAUUCAACUGGUGCCCUAACGUCGAAUCUUGCCACUCAUGCCUCAGCUGUUCAAGGGGCGACAGGACCGCGUCUAGGGAACAUCACUUCUGCUUUGGUGACCGCAAUUGGUUGUCUCACGAUAGCUUUUAUCUCCGGAUGGAAACUUACGUUGCUGAUACUAGUGUUUGUGCCUUUCAUUGCAUUUGGAUCUGCAAUGGAAAUAAAGUCUUACCUCGAAGGCAAUGCAGCGAAUGUUAUUAAUUCGGAAGAAGCUGGAAAGGUUGCCGUAGAAACAAUCUCAAAUAUUCAAACUGUUGCAACACUUGGACAGGAAGAUCGUUUUUACCAGAAGUACUUUGAAGUUGUGGCUGAAUUCUACCAAAAACGAGUAAAGAAAUCUAUAAGGAGUGGUCUGUUUAUGAGCACAAAUCAAUGUUUUAUGUUGCUCUCCAGUGCUGCAUCGUUUCGUUACGCUGGAUAUCUCUUACAGAAUAAUGAGAUAAAUUUUGAAGAUGUUAUGAAAAUAAUACUUGCUGUACAAAUGGGUGCCAUGAUGAUUGGACAAAUCACAGCUUUUUCUCCUGAUUAUUUAAAAGCGAAAAUUGCUGCAGCUAGGAUGUUCAAGAUCUUUGAUACAUUACCUGAAAUACAAAGUGAUUCUGACAAAGGUUUAACAUGUGAAGAAAACGAGGGUUAUGUUGAGUUUAAAAAUGUGUCAUUUCGUUAUCCCUUCCGUAAAGAUGUUAAAGUCCUUCAUCAAUUUAAUUUAACAAUCGAACCAGGAAAAACUGUUGCUUUGGUUGGUUCAAGUGGUUGCGGUAAAAGUACCGUUGUUGCUCUCAUUCAAAGACUUUAUGAUGUUGAAAGUGGAAGUGUGAUGAUAGAUGGAAGAGACGUCAAAUCCUUAAACGUUUCGUGGCUUCGUCGUCAAAUUGGCAUAGUGUCUCAGGAACCUGUACUUUUUAAAUGUUCUAUUCGCGAAAACAUUACAUAUGGAGAUGUUACAAGAGACAUAAGUCAAGAUGAAGUGGAAAAUGCAGCUAAAGAAGCCAACAUCCAUGAUUUUAUCAACACGCUUCCUAAAGGUUAUGACACCUUUGUUGGUGAUAAAGGAACCUUGAUAUCUGGUGGACAAAAACAAAGAAUCGCAAUAGCUCGUGCUUUAAUACGUAAUCCUAAAAUAUUAUUACUGGACGAGGCUACAUCAGCUCUUGACACGGAAAAUGAAAAGCUUGUUCAAGAGGCACUUGACAGAGCAUGCGUAGGAAGAACGACAAUGAUCAUUGCACACAGAUUAUCAACAAUACAAAAAGCAGAUGUAAUUGCAGUUAUUAAACAUGGUCAUGUCGUUGAAAAAGGAACUCAUCAAGAAUUGUUGGAUAUGAAAGGUGUCUAUUAUUAUCUUCAGCAAGCUCAAUGUUGAGAAUUUCAUAAAGAUUUCUUUAAUGAAUAUAGCAUAAAUACUCUGAAAUUAGAAAUAAUGCUCACGCAGAUUUCAACGCAAAAAAUUCGUGUUAAUAUACUAAAUGCUAAAUUGAAUUAAUUUUAAUUAAUGUUUUACAACAUUUGACAGAAGCUCAUUAAUUAAAUCGUCUUUAAUUUAUGUUGUGAUAAUUAAUUAAGUGUUUCGUUAAUUUCCUGUGAGUUAUGUUUUAGAUUCAUAUUUGGGUAGACGAUUUCUUUUAAUCUUUUAACAUUCAUGGAUUGUUUGAUAGUGGAAUAUUUGAAAAAUACAAUGUACUUAUUGUAAAGAAUUUGAAGAUAUUUUGUAUAAUUUCCAAAAUUAAGUGCAACCUAUUGAUAUCUAUUUAUAUGAUUGACUGCUUGAAGAUUAGUAGGCAUGUAAUUAUUGUUGCUUUGCACUGUAAACAUUUGUUAAAAUUUUACAUUUCAUCAUCUUCCUAUACAAAAA